AUGGCUGUGGCUGCAUUAAGCGUAUUUGCUAAUGCUAACAUUAAGCUGGCUUAUGCUAAUGUGUUACCGGGUGAUAGUAAAAACUUUACCUUAAAAGCGCUUAAUAAUUCCGUUGAGAGUAGUUUCGCAAGCAUUACUAAUGGGUCCGAUAAUGUGGAAAACAGUAAUCGUACAACUUUCUCAUCGUCAUCAUUAUCGACCAUAAUGAAAGAGAUUUGGACAAAACAAGCACAACUAAAUGCUUCUGCCAAAGAUAAGUUACAAGCUGUACGCAUUGCCGUUACCCAGCUGUGCGAUGAAUCCAUGCUGUUCGCAGGUUGUAAUGCAUAUAUGACAGCGAAAGUUAAACUUAUGAAACGCUAUCUAAACGGAACGGAUACAAUAAAACAUGCAGCUGCCAAUAAUGUCUUGAAUUUGCAACAUUUCGUACAGUUAGUGGAUGAUUUGCUAAGCGCGGAUGAUGAUGAACAUGCUAUGGAAAAUAUGCUAAUGAAAUCUUUAAUAGAAAAAUAUAAAUUGAUUAAAUUACAAAGUGACGUACAAAUCGACGUUCUACAAGCUGUAAAGGUGUGGCAAAAUGAUGUUCAUAAGCAAUUAGUUGAAGUUAGUUCAGUUUAGUUGAUAUUUUCUUCUUUUCCACCAAUGGACUUGAUGAACCAGUUUAUGGUUGAAAUUUUUUUUGUUUUUUUUUGUCUAUACCAAAGACACUAAGCUGGCAUGUACAUAUGUAGAGUAAAAUGUGUAUAUAAAAACAAAAAAUGCAAAAAUCACUUUGAGUUGAUAAACCAGUUCAGGCUGGUAAAUGGCUGCUUUAACAGAGCA